AUUUCCUUACUCCAUAGCCCCCAUUCCACCAUCCAUUUCAGAAACACAAGCCAAAGCAGAUCAGCGUGUUGGUAGCUCACAGCACUCCCUGCACCAUGGCUCCUCUGCUCUUCAGGGACAUGAAGGGUCUGUCGUGCUCGUCGCCGGCGUCCACCGCGAUAUGCCCGAGCCUGGAGCGGCAGCCGAUGGUCCGGUCACACAAGGCCAUUGCCAGCCCUCUGUCUCAGGUUCCCACGGAGCCCAGGACGCACAGGCACGACAGCAAGAAAGGGCAGCAGCACAAGACUGCCGUCGUGGCAAACGGCGGUGGCCUCGUCAGCCCGGCCGGCUCGUCCAGGUACCUGCUAAGCGGCAGCGCCCCCGCGUCCGCCGCCACCGAGGAGAUCCAGGAGGUGGAUGCUGCCCCGGCCGCUGAUGCCAAGCUGGAGGAAGCAAGUGAAGUAGCUGAUCCGAAGAGCAGGCAGGCGCAGGAACAGGUGGUUGUGCUGAAGGUAUCCCUGCACUGCAAAGCAUGCGCUGGGAAAGUGAAGAAGCACCUCUCCAAGAUGGAAGGCGUGACAUCGUUCGACAUCGACUUCGCGGCGAAGAAGGUGACGGUUGUCGGCGACGUGACGCCGCUGGGCGUGCUCAACAGCGUGUCCAAGGUGAAGAACGCCCAGCUCUGGGCGGCUCCGGCGCCGGCGACGACGAUAGCCGCCUGAAGGACGAAACGGUGAAAAGAGUCUGAAAAGACAAAGCUAGCGUAGUCUAGGAUCCGUUGCGGUUGGCCGUGUCUGGUAGGGGGCGCGGCGCUGGAACCGUGCACGUACGCGUGCGGGGCCUCCGGGCACUGGCUGCCAAGGCCGGCCAGAGCGCUGGACUGUGAGAGCCUGGCUGGUAUGUCUCCUCGACCAGCAUGCGUCCACCAUGGCCUGCCCGCCCUUGAAUGCAGCUUUGGUUUCUUCCUGUGGUCGUCUUGUGAUCCUCCAUCCUCCCUUGUUUUGCUGCGGUUGGCGCCACGCGACAUGGGAGGUGAGAAUUCCGUUUUGGUGCUUCCUUCUGGUACGAGCGGGUGACUCUGCUUCUUCUUGUUUCUUUUCCCCUCUUGCUGUAAGCCUGUAAUAUAAGAAUGCCACUGCUUUGCUGUCUUGUCUUUAUGGAAAAGUGCGUGACGUGAAGUUGGUGCAGCGAAA